UCGUGUACGAAGUCCCACAAAAGGAGUUUAUCCAACUGUGCAGUUUAUAGAAUAGAAAUACGUGAAUCCUUUACUGCCGGGCAUCUGAUAUGGAUUAUGGUUGGGAGUCAAGGAUUGAUGUCUUGUACCGGAAUCGAAACAAUAUCCUGGACGUAUUUUGUUCCAAUGACGUUUUCAUACGCGUUUAACUUGGAGCACACCGCAGAAACGGGCGUAGCGAUCCACAACCGAGAGGGUUGCUAGGUUAGCAACAUCUUUACACACGUCGCUUCAGCUGCCGGACCCCCCGCCGCCAUGUCGCCUGUACCUGUCCUGCCGCUCAUGAUCAACACUUUCCUGUCCGCACUUGGCUGCAUGGCCACAGCGAAGCUCAUCCCCGCUUUCAAAGACCACUUCAUCUCGGCCAGGCUGUACGGAAUGGACCUGAAUAAAACGUCCAAAGAGGAAAUUCCAGAAUCCCAGGGUGUCAUCAGUGGGACCGUGUUCCUCAUCAUCCUCUUCUGCUUUAUCCCAGUGCCUUUCCUCAGCUGCUUUGUGGGAGACCAGUGUACGGGCUUCCCACACGAUGAGUUUGUCCAGUUGAUCGGUGCCCUGUUGGCCAUCUGCUGUAUGAUCUUCCUGGGCUUUGCUGAUGAUGUGCUGAACUUGCGUUGGAGACACAAGCUCCUACUUCCCACUAUGGCUUCCCUGCCACUACUCAUGGUUUAUUUCACCAAUUUUGGCAACACGGUCAUCGUGGUGCCCAAGCCCUUCAGAGCCCUACUGGGGCUGCACUUAGAUCUGGGUAUUCUCUAUUAUGUCUACAUGGGGAUGCUCGCGGUAUUCUGCACCAACGCUAUUAACAUCCUAGCUGGCAUCAAUGGUAUAGAGUCGGGGCAAGCCCUGUUCAUCUCCGCUUCAAUCAUCAUCUUCAACCUGUUGGAACUAAGUGGAGACUACCGGGAUGACCACGUUUUCUCCCUCUACUUCAUGAUACCAUUCUUCUUCACCACAUUAGCUCUUUUUUACCACAAUUGGUAUCCCUCAUCUGUCUUUGUGGGAGAUACUUUCUGCUACUUUGCCGGGAUGACCUUUGCCGUAGUGGGCAUCCUUGGACACUUCAGCAAAACAAUGCUGCUCUUCUUCAUUCCUCAGGUGGUCAACUUUGUAUAUUCCCUCCCUCAGCUCCUUCACAUAAUUCCCUGCCCCAGACACCGACUCCCCAGAUUGAAUCCAGACACAGGCAAACUGGGAAUGAGCUACUCUAAAUUCAAAAGGAAGGAUCUUUCUAAAUUAGGACACCUCAUUUUAGAGGUAAGAAAAUCAAAGAAGGUGAAUCAGUUCAUCUGGACACAACGUUUACUGAGACAAACGCUGGCAGAGUUACUGAAGCUACUCGAGGUACGAAGAGGACCGGGGGGAGAUGAUGAGUUUAUUGAAUGCAACAACAUGACCAUAAUAAAUCUGGUGCUGAAAGUGCUCGGCCCCACACAUGAGAGAAAUCUCACAGUCAUCAUGCUGCUCUUCCAGGUGAUGGGGAGCGUGUUGGCUUUUGGAAUCCGCUAUCAUCUGGUGCGCCUCUUCUAUGACGUCUAAGCGAUUAUGCCAAUGUUUGAAGAUCAGAGGGAAUGUUGCCCAGGAAUAUGAAGUUCUUGUCAUGGAGUUGUUUCACUUAUGAUUCUUGGUUUAUGAUUCUUUGGCCUUUUGAUAGAUCUCAUUACCUCACUUGUUACUUUUCUGCCUCAGACCAAUUUACAGUAAAGACUCAAUGGAAGGUGUAAAGUUGAAUUACAUUUAGGCGUAGCUCUUUCAGUUUUUAGGCGUGCACUCCUCACACAUUAGUUUCCGCCAUGGGUAUCUGCAGGAUUGUUUUCCUUCAGCUGUCAAAAUCAAUAUUUGGCACAGAGGCAAAAUUAGUUGUAAAAAAGGCAGGGCCUUGGACACACAAAAUAUUACUUUAGACAUCAUUGGAUUGUUUGGACAAGGUGCAAGUAUAUUUUUAUACAAGGUUUAAAGAGAGAAAGUAGUCAGUAGAAGUGAAUAGGGGUCCAUAGAACAGCCAAACUCAGUGCUCGAAUUCUUGCCUAUAUUUGUGCUUUAAAAUAGUGAAUGUUUGCAUGGUGACAUGUUGCUUGAACUAAACUCUUGCACAGUAAAAUAAUGGCAUAGUAAAAAUAACCCCAUGCAGGUUUUAUUUCACAAAAUAAGCCAUGCGAGAGCUGAGAAAUCUGUAUGUUUCUCGGCCUCUAGAUAUAGGUUUGGGCACUGAGAAGUAAUAUUGAGCAAAGCAGGGAAAUUGUGGAAGUCUUGCUCAAGCCAAUAAACAUCACUAAAAGAUGAGCUGAGGACAAAUGGAGGGAGUGUUGGAGCUGAUCAUGUGAGAUCAGCCGCCUGGGUCUUCUCUAGUUACUGAGAACAAUAAGAUCGUCUUUGGAUAGAGGUGAUGUAUUUUGUUUAUUUGUCUUAUUGGAUGCGUAAUUAUUUAAAUGAAAAUAUUCACACAUGACAAAUUAUUUUUGGUCGUAUAAAAAUUCAGUAAAUACCGAUUUUUUAUGUUAUCCAUGUCAUCAAUUGUAAGGGGUAGGGAAAAAAGUGUGUACUUGCUCCUACUCCAUUUCGAACAUGCAGCAAAUGUGUUGCACAGACACGUGUUCGCUGGGACUGGCGCGUGGAUUUGUUGAUCACUUCAGAUUGUUGGCAGUGUCUCACGUGUGUGUGUGUGUGUGUGUGUGUGUGUGUGUGUGUGUGUGUGUUAUAUCCUGCUUCUUUACAUGUUCGAAACAAAUCAUCCAAUGUGAAGUCAACUCGCUUUGACAAUGCAUUCUCCACGUGUUUAUAAAGAACGUUUACGAUUGUGUUUAUAAAUGGACGGCCAAAAUCGAGAAAUAAAAGAGCUCAAGAAUUAGUUAUUUGUGACACUAAUUUUUCCAUUGUCGAGGACUCAGGGGCGAUUCUAGGAUCAGAGCUUUA